CGUCGACACUUGUGUUAAAGAUGGGUCGUUCUUCAAAGGACAAAAGAGAUAUUUAUUACAGACUUGCUAAAGAAGAGGGUUGGCGGGCUAGAAGUGCGUAUAAACUAUUGCAACUUAAUGAUGAUUUUAAUCUGUUCAAUGGAGUGAAUCGUGUGGUGGAUUUGUGUGCUGCUCCCGGAAGCUGGAGUCAAGUGUUGAGCAGGAAGCUGAUUGAAGAACGGCCCAAUAGUAAAGACAUGGUCAAGAUUGUGGCGGUUGAUCUACAAGCCAUGGCCCCUCUACCAGGCGUGAUACAAAUACAGGGAGAUAUCACAAAAGUAAGAAACAAAACUACAUACUUUCUUUGCGAUGUAGCAUAAAGGUACCCUUAACCAUCGGUCAAUUUUUGUCUGAGUUUUGUCAUUUUUCUCAUUUUAAUGACAAAAGUCAGACAAAAGUGAGGAAUUCACUAAUGUUAAUUUCAGUUUGUUUGGGUGCUUUUUAUUAUACCGGACCGACUGGUCAGAGACCACUCGGACUAAUUAAGGGAAAAUGGAACGCACCCAAACCAAAAGUCCGACCAAAUUGAUUGUUGAGUAACGUUUGACUUCCCAAACUUGUCUUUGAACUUCAUGUGGCUUGCAAUAAGUAAAUGGACAUGUUUGACCUCCCAUCUUUCCAGGGCUUUGGUCGAACUAGUGGAAGUUGUUGGAAUGAGCUUUCGAUUUUUUUCAUACUGACUGUAAAAGCCAUAAGGGCUAGGGUCACAUACUGCUAAGAGAAAAACGCGGGAAAACAUCAUCAAGAUUCAGAGACGAGCCCGUAAUACAUUUGUCUUUAAAAACUGAUGAAGACCAGAAGAAAAACAAAUUAAGAUGCUCUGCUGUACCUGAGCCUUGUGUGGAACUGUGCAUAAGGAGAAAGUUUACAUUUGGACCAAAAUUUCUGGAAAUUUUGGCAUAAUGGAAAGCACCCUUUGUCUCAGGUCUGUGAAUAGUAACUGCACGCAGCGCUAUUCCAGCUGCGCCCACCCAUGACCCCAGGCAUUAGCAUUUUUGGGGGUGUCGAGAAAACUAAGACCUACAGUGCAGGCCAGAACUAAGCGAACCAAAAUAUACCCGUAAUACGCGUCCAUGCAUCUGCGCUGACGAGCAUAUGCGUCUGCUCUGAAAUGUGUCAGUGCACUUUAAGACUCAUUAGUAUGUAUGAGCUCACUCUUUUUUUUGAGGUGUGUGUCAGUGUAUUAUCAACAAGCUUUAAACUGGUGUGGAUCGGCAGGCACAUGCUAAAAAAUCAUUUUGCAAAAUGCCAAGUGCAACUUUCGCUUGCCAUUAAAACUCAAAUUCUUAAAUACCUGAAGCACAUCUACAUGUAUUUUAAUCCCAUAUUUCACGAAUCGAGGAAACAAUCACAUUUCACAGAAUCAAAACCAAGCUAACGCAAUAGUAAUGCAAAAGAAAACAUUCAGCGUGCAAAGAAAAUACUGUCUGAUAGCCCAGGGCUUGUGGAUUUUGCUAUCGGGCUGGUGAAUUCUGUUUUUAACCUGCCCAACGGCAAGUGAGGUUUUUUGAGGAAUUUGAAGAACAGAAGAACUGUGAAAUCAAUUCUGCUAGUCAGUAAGUUUUUGGGGCUAGUUAAAAUGACAUCUAGGCUAGUAGAUGCUAGCUUCAGCUUGCCCGAAUGGCAAGCUGUAAAAAUGAUUUUCUUUGCACCCUGACAUCACUCACUAACAGAUCUUGAGGUACAAUUCUUUGCGUUACCACAAAUAAUUUAAUAGUUAAGACACGUGCUUGAAAAUAAAAUUCACUGGGAUAUUGAAUUUCAGAUGCUUUUCAUAGAAGCAGAACUGAAAGAUGAUUCAAGAAUCACGGGUCUGAAUCGUAAUUUUUGGCGCUUUUAAGUAACAUUUAUUUUUCUUUCAAAACGCUAUCAACAUCAUUUUUGGUAGCAAGCCCAUGAAGGCAAAUUCUUGCACUUGCUGUCUUGUUCGAAAGGUCAACAGAUAUCGAAUUUCAAUCGCCUUUCAUAAAAUUUAGAACUGAAAGAUGAGUUAAGAGUCAAGGGUCUGAAUCAAAAUUCCUAGCGCUUUUUAGUAACAUUUUCUUUCACAACGCCAUCAAAAUCAUUACUCUAUUAGUCUCGGUGGCAAGUACAUGAUGGAAAAUUCUUUUCCCGUAAUAAUUGCCAUCAGCGGGCAAAGCGUACACGUUCAUUCCCUUGUGUGCAAAUUUAUUUCAUGUUGAUUUUGUCACAGUUAAAAUGUAUAGGCUCUUUUAAGUUUCCCUGUUUGUUUUCAGCACUGUGAAUCCGAUAGACAUUGAUGAAACUUGAUUCUUGGGAAGAACUUCAUUGCCUAGCACCUGACUGAAAGUUGACUCCAAUAUUUACCAAAGUUGACUUGUCAAGUCUGCAUGUUUUUACACUUUCCAAGCAGUGCGUGAUGUACGUAGUUCUUCGUCUGCCCGAAGUGGGGUGAUGGGAAUGCAAGAAAGAGCUUCUGGAAGAAUAAUUUAUUUCCUCCUUUUUUUUUGCCGCUGUUUUGAUGAGAUCAUUUCAAAACAUUUACUUUGGCAUUUCCUCACGCAUAUUCUGGUGCAAAUGUCGCCGUUUUUCAGCGGACUUAAGUCAAUACUUUGGAUCAAUUUAAGAUUUUAAGAGCACAUUCGAGAGUUUCCUUUAGAUUAGAUGAAAGCUUGUUGUAAAGUUAAUUGGGAUUACAGCUUAACUAUGAGUGUGGCUAUUUUACUCACUCAACGAGCCAUUAGCGUGUGAACUAUUAAUUCUCUCGUAAAUGCAAAUUUAUUUCAUUUCAUGCUGAUUUUGUCGCUGUGAAAAGCUUCAACUCUUUAAAGAACAGCUUGUUUUCUUCAAGUGUAUGAGCCUAGAAUUGCAAUUACAUAUAAAAGUAGGAUGCCGAGCGAUUUUACAAACGAAACCCUGCACGUCACUAAAUUUAGCUUGAUUAAUCACGGCUAAAGUCCCUCAUGAAAAGUUCCUUAGAGUAUCAAGCUUCUUCAAACCCGAGAAUUUGUUUUGUUUUUUACAACAAUGCACCACAAAGCAAGGCUGUCACAGUGAAUAACAAAAGAAAAAUCUUUUCCUUCCUGACAUGUCCGAGCUGAUGCAGACACUCACCAGCGCCGACUCAUACCCUCAUCUGAGCUGACGCGUCCUUUGCAUAAGAUUCGCGUCUGUGUUGUUCGCUUAGUUCUGGCCUGCACUGUAAGACCUAAGACCCAGAAAACUAGGACCCUGACAAACUGGCCAUCAAACUCAGCAAAAUAUGAAAAACAGCAAAGGAAUAAUAACUACCAGGACAUAGGAAGAAGAGCACAGAUAAAUGAAAUGAAAAAGAUCAAAAUGAACCUGGAAAACUAAGACCCGGAAAACUAAGACCUGGAAAACUAGUAAGAGCAGUGAGUGUGACUUCCCGACAUUUAGUACGAGAUAGAUCACGAGAAAAGGAGAACAGCAGUCUGUUUUUUGGAAACACCUGUUUUCAAAAUAAAUAAUAAUAAUAUAAAGAUAAGAUAAAAGCACAAAUGGGCAAUUAAAACAUUACACUGACUUACCCGGGUCACGAAAUCACAGUAUAAUUGACGUUCUUGGUUACACAAAAAAUUUCACAUGUCUUACAGCUGUAGGUGCGAAGAAGGUUUGGUUUGUCAUCUUUGUUGUAUGCUCACUGUUCAUCCUUUUUGAAGGGAUACUUUGAAGGUACCCCAAGUAUUUACUGCUACAUGAAAUUUUUCAUGCAUGAUUUGAUCUGUCAAUCAAAUCAUAUUUUCAAUGGUUUCCUUUCUGAUUUUGUUGAGAUCACUUCGUGUGUAUAUGUUGUGGUUCAAUUUUAUCCAUGGUUUACUUUUAUUUCCCUUUGAUUAGACUCAUUUAACCAUAGAUUGCCAUAACAGGGUGCAACAAAAAUGGUAUCCACCUGCCUCAGACAAGUGGUUUUGAUCAGUGGACAAGUAGUUUGUUAAAGUAAAUCCUCAGAAAAUAAACUUAGAUAAAAAGGUGCUUUUACAUAAAUUGUAUAGCCAUGUUUUUGCAAGCAUAAAACAGAUCACUUUUCGUGAAAGUAAUAUUACAAAUAACAAAUGAAAACUGAGAACAGCACUGAUGCAGGUGACUUACAAUUUAUCCACCGUUUUAUUUCAUUGUGCACUGAAAGGGGCCUGGGACUCUUGGGGGAUUAACUUUUGCAUUUAUUGAUAGACCCUUUACGUAACUGUUAGCUCGUACACAAUUGCGGCUCAGUGAACCAUAACAGGCUAUUUUGGUGCACCAGUGAAGCAUUAUCAAUCGUUGCUACCGGUAACUACAAUUUGAAAAAAGAUUCAAAUCCUUAGUAUGUGGAACCAAUUAAAGCAGCUGUUCAAGGAAAUGUAGUUCAAUUAAAUGAACAGUGUCACUCUUCACUUUAGUGCCUGUUCAUCACAGCCUUCUUUGUAGCAAAUGAAGAACUCGCCUUCAGCUGAAAUUUGCAGGAAGAAUAGUGUACAUUUGCCGGGACCACGUGCUGGAAAGUCUGAUACUUGACUCCAAAUAUUCCAAAAUGACUCUAAAUUUGUGAAGCAGAAGUCACUUAUCAAUAAAAUUUGCAAACCCUGACAGAAAUUCCAGUGGAUGGUGGCAGAAGGUGUGACAGGCAUCCCCUGGAAAUUAAUUAUGGAAAUUCCAGGGGAUGGGGGGUCUAAAACAAAAGUGCUCUGCAUGGGGGUGAUAUGAAUAUUUUCUGGAACUGCACAUUAAUUGCAGAGCCAAAGAUUCAAAAGAAUCUCUGAAAGAUUUCAAAUGCAAUUUAAGUGGAGAUGAAACAACUGGAUACUGUAUUGAAUUAAAAGCAAAAGGCAAACGGACGAAGAAACAAAAUAAACAAUACCAGUGAUGCCAACUCGAUCUCCCGCUUUUGGCGGGAGACUUACGCUUUUUUGCCUUGUCUCCCGCUUUGGUACAUAAGUCUCCCGCUUUUUACAUCCACGAUAAAUAUUGAAUACUUAGUAAAAAAUAAAACAGACUUAGUUUGAGAUUUAGCCCAUUUUUAGCUCAAAACUUGAAUUUUUCUUAUUUGCAGUACGGUUUCUGGGACACUUUUGCACGUAUUUAGUCAUUGACAAAGAUUAUUUCUAGCAUCAAAACGAUGAUUUCGAAUUUUGAUAGUAUGUACAUCAUGUAAGACGUCAUAUGAUGUGCUAAGUCAUUCCCAUGCACUAAAAGUUCUUGGCUGAUUUUUAGAAGUUCAUCUCUUUACUUAUCACUCCAACUUUGACUUUUACUUCCUCCAUUGUCAAAGCUCCUCUGUUCCUUCAGAAACUAAAAGCCUGUUCAUAUCCAAAAGGCACGUAAAUCUCUGUGGGGAACUUUUCUCUCGACGUUUAUUGCACCAAAUUUUGAAAUUAUUUAAACAGAUAUUGCAACAUUGUUGGAUUUAUCAAAAUACCCAAAAAGGGUGUUGGACAAAACACUGACCCUACAUGGACUACCCCCAUGGACUAAUGGAGGGGGACAUGGGGGUUUAUGGUAUUGUGGUAUUGGGCUUUUUUUCAUGCAGUAUCUCGGUAAUUUUAAUUUUAACGUGCGGGAUUGCGGUAUCAUCUAGCUCUGCGGUAUGCGGUUUUUCAUCAUUUUGGCUGACGGUAUUCGGUGAAAUAAGAUAUUGUUCACAGUAUUACGGUACCGUUUAUGUGCGCUUUCCUUUCGAUACAGUACGCAAAACAAAACACGGUAGGACAUAUAGGUCAAUAAAAGUUAAUAUUUAGAAGUCUUGAGACAUAACUGUAAAUGAUUAAACCAUUGUGGGUCAUUUUGUGACAAUUAAUGGUCGAUAAUAUACAAUAAUAAUAUAUAAUAUAUACGAUCUGUGUACGUGUGCCAGUCUGCUACACAGCCGUUUUUAGUGUCGUCACGCACGCCGUUUUUAGUGUCGUCACUGGGGAGGAGCGUUGCGUGACGGCACUAAAAAUGGCUGUGCAGCAGACUAUACCUGUGCAGGCAAUUCAAGGUCUUACACGUUUUCUCACAAUGGCUGAGGUCACUGAGACGGCGAAGACGGCAUAGUCAUCAUUGAUUGUGUGGCAAUUUUUUAUGAAGUGGGCGAAGGAGGCGAGCAUUAUCGCAACAAGUGUAAGUUUAGAUGUCGGGUUUCAAAAAUUGAAAAACGUCUUAUAAAGUUAAAAAAGAAAAUCUGUUAAGUUUGCCUCUUUACCGGCACAGCGUGUGAGACAGUCGAGAUAGUUGACCCCUGAGAUACUGACGUACUAGACUAUAGACUCAUCCAAACUCGCACUAGACAUGCAUGGAAGAGUUUUUUUUUUUUUUUCGCGCUUUCAAGAGUUAUUUUUAUUGGAGUUAGUUAGCUGUUGGGUCGACCUACCAAAAGGUUCUUUUCAGUGAAAAUUUGCCAAAAAUUUGCCAACUACCAAAAUAUUAAAAAAACAUGGACAUCUAGAUCUGGUGCAUAAAUGCCUGAGAUAAUUGAACGCGCUAGAUGGAAGCACCCAUAAGUAUGCGGAACCAAUUAUGAAUGUGAUUAAAAUAUGCGGUAUCAGUAUUUAGAUGAUUUUCGACACGGUAUUUCGGUAUUUGCCAUUUUUUCUUACGGUAUUGCGGUAUUGGGUACCCCCCAAUGUCCCCCUCCAUAUGGACUUAUCCCAAAAUGGACUAUGCUGCUGAAGUUUGCUGAUUAGGGUUAGGAAAUUAAACUGAGUGAAUCAAGUUUUAGGUCAGUUUUCCCAGUAUGACGACCCUAAAUGGAACCUGAUUCACUCAGUUUCCAAACCCUAAUCACUAAACUUCAGCGGCGUAGUCCACUUUAGUGUAGUCCAUAUGGGUAUUCCAUAGGGGUAAUCCAUGCACUGGGGAUCAGUGUUUUGUCCACCACCCCAGAAAAGUACUGGCUCUGACUAAAAUUCUGGUUUUUAAAAAAAAAUGAGCUUUCAACCACCUGAUCUGCAGUCAAUAGAAUAAAAUCAACUGAGUAAAAAAUUAAGGUAGAUUAAAACAUUACAAAAUUUUUGACCUCCAAACAAAACUGUUUUUGGCUAGCAUCCAUUCAAUUUAACAGCUGAAAGUGUGUAAAUACUAGAAGAAAAGACCAAUGAGUUGCUACAGUGUAAAGAAAUUGUGGCUCAACAUUUGCUUUCUUUAAAAAUAAAAAUUUAACAAUGGAUAUUAUAAUAAUAUGAUAAUAUAUUGUUAUUAUUUUAAUUUGUACUGUUGCAGAUCUCAACUGCUCAUCAAAUCAUAGGUCACUUUGAAGGAGAGGUAGCAGAUUUAGUCAUAUGUGAUGGUGCCCCAGAUGUCACUGGACUUCACGAUAUUGAUGAAUACAUUCAGGCUCAGCUUUUGCUUGCAGCGCUUAAUAUUACCACUCACGUACUCAAACGAGGAGGAACUUUUGUGGCAAAAAUAUUUCGUGGAAAAGAUGUUGACCUUUUGUAUGCUCAGCUCAAGGUUUUUUUCCUUUCGGUGACCAUCUGCAAGCCAAGAAGCAGUCGGAACUCAAGCAUCGAGUCUUUUGUUGUAUGUCAGAAUUACUCUCCCCCAUCUGGAUACAUGCCAUCAAUGUUAAACCCACUACUGAGCAAUCCUAGCCAGUUCAAAAGGUUGGUUUGUCUUUCUAUAUUUAACAUUCUUUUAUCAAUUCAGAUGCCAACAUCUGGGAAGAUCUAAAAUCUACAGCAGGGGUAAUAUUGUAUACCUGCCAACUCUCACGCCUGCGGGUUGAAAACUUCGAUUUCACGCCGGCUCACGCUUGCGGGCCAAUUUCUCAUGCCUGAUUGAAAAAUGUGAGUUGCUGCCGUCUUGCUUGACACAAUUUCCAAAAAUAUGUUAACUCAGACCCAUGUAAGGAACGAAAACCAAGUGUAAAAUGAAUAAAUGACAAUACCUUCCUCGCGAUCUCUGAUUUUUGAAGUGAAAAGCACUGGGAGCGAGCUCGCGUUUAUACGCGUCCUAAGACUGGGAUUCGAUAACUUCGCCUUCAGCAGACUUCGGACGUCUUCGGAAAACUUCGGACGUCUUCGGAAGUCUUCGGACUUCUUUGGAGAUGAUCGUGUCGUAUUCAAAAAUCCCAGCACUCCCAGGAUAAAAAUCUCACGCUUAUAUCUCAGAAAAAGUUGGCAGGUAUAAUAUUGCAGAACCCAGCAUGCAGAAUGCUGAAUGACUCUGAAGUUUAGUGAUUAUCUAAGGGUUAGGAAUUGGAGUGAAUCAAAUUUUAGGUCAGUAUAAUGACCCUAAAAGGAACCUGAUUCACUCAGUUUCCUAACCCUCAUCACUUAACCCAGAGUCAUUCGGCAUUCUGCAUUCGAAAACGAAGACCGAAGCAUGAAGCACCCAAAUCUCGAAAACGAAGCACCCAAAUCUCGAAAAUGGAGCAGCCAAGACUCGAAAACGAAGCACCCAAAUCUCUAGCCUGCAAACACACCCGUUGCUCCUCACUCUUCGCCACUGGGGACGUUUCGCGCGGAGGAACGUCUGCGACUCAGCGACAGAAAUUCCAUACUGAUGAUAAUCUGUCCGGAAUCCGGUCAGAAGCGCUGAUUGGUCGGCGGAGUAGUUACAUUGUUUUAGUUAUUGUUUACGAAUGACAGACAAAAGACAAAAGGCCACAAAGGUCAAAUAUAAACACAAAGAAUCUCUAACAAAACGGUCAAUUUUUGGUGGAAUAUAGUCUUCUCUAGAAGAAGCAUUUGAGUUUUGCUGGAGCUUGUUGGCAGAUGAACACAGCACUUUUCCAAAAUCGACCAUAAGACACGUAAAACUGGACAAAUGAUAUUUUCGCAGGCUACCAAAUCUCGAAAACGGAGCACCCAAAUCUCGAAAACGAAGCACCCAAAACUCGAAAGCGAAGCACCCUAAACUUGAAAGCGAAGCACCCUAAACUCGAAACCUGUCUGUAAGGAGACAGUCCCUUGUCAAGUCACGAGCAGCAGGAAUCAAGCGCGAUAACGAGUAGAAUGCAGUUCAAAACUAUUCAAGUAGAACUACGAGGUGUUGCAAAUGCAUUUCCUUCUCCCUGACUAUUGGCCAUUUCGGAGUUGCGUAAGACACUGGGGCGAGUAUCAGAUUUAAACUAUCGAUAAAUAAGAGGUUGGAAAAUGGGCAAACAGUGAUUUUCGAAUUAGGUCCUAGGUAGUAGAUGUAUGAUGAAUUUUACAGUUAAACAGGAAAACUGAAAAAUAUUUUAAAGAGUUUAAAUAUGGUUUUUCUUUUGUCUGGGGUAGGGUGUGGCUACACGUAGGCUACCCUGUCUAAGGUAUGGGUCGCACUACCUUGAGGUAGGAAUCUGUGAUCGGUGGACAUUUCUAUGUGAGAACCCCAUUGGUUUUCAGGUUGGAAAAAAAAUGCCGUAGUGCUUGUGUGGGGCAGGCAGAUUUUGGAAAACUCAAGCUAAACAAUAUAAGGAAGGACACCGGUAACAGUCAACGCUUGUCAGUGGUGAACGUGAUCAACUUGAAACAUGAUCAAUUAGAAAUAAACAUGGCCGAAUGUUCAGACCUUCGCGCUUUCGUAGACGGACGAGAGAACUUUCUAUCCUUGGCCAUUUUACAGCUUUUACGCAAACAUUCAAACAAACAAACAAACAUUCAAUUGUAGGGGCAGAGAAAGUUGGAAUGCCGGCUAGACGCACACUUGAAGUUUACUGGUAAGACCAGUGAUCAACGUAAGUGCUCGUGAAGUGCUCUAGCAGACGCUUAUGUAGACAAAAGGGUGGCAGGAAAAAAAGGCUCAAUGAAAUGUCGAUACCGCCCUACUUCUUCACGCGAGAAAUCAAUGCUCUGUGGGAUGGAUUGGUAGACCUUUGAAGGUGCGGCCUGAUUCGUUGCCUCCACCUGGUUUGGCCUGCGUCAUGCAAGACUUAAAAGUUGUAGACCUUCAACGUACAGGGGUUUCAAGAUUUGGGUGCUUCAUUUUCGAGGUUUGGGUGCUUCAUUUUCGAGUCUUGGGUGCUCCGUUUUCAAGUUUUGGGUGCUUCAUUUUUGAGAUUUGGGUGCUUUGUUUUCGAGGUUUGGGUGCUUCGUUUUCGAGUCUUGGGUGCUCCGUUUUCGAGAUUUGGGUGCUUCGUUUUCGAGAUUUGCGUGCUACGUGCUUCGGUCUUCGUUUUCGAGUGCUUCGUUUUCAAAACUACCCAAUUAUUCAUGAAUUAGCUACAGGGCUAGGAGACAAAGGAAAUUGAGAAUCAACCAAGGUUAAAAAAUUUUGACCUGAACUGAAUUUUGACCUGUAACAUAUACCCAAGAGUUUUAAUGACCCGUCAGGAGACCGGGAGAUUGGUGUCAGGAGAUUCCUGGAUAAUCCGGGAUAGUUGGUGUAUUGUUGUAGGUUCAGUGGUUCCUUAGGUCAAUCUGUUUUAACCUACAAUCAUGGACAAAAGUCUUGGGACACUUUUUGCAUUUCUUGGGUGCUUUCCAAUUCACACAUGUCCUCCCCUAACCCCACAAACAACAUUUUUUUUUUCAAAUCCAAGUUUCAACUUUAUAGAGGGUGGGGAGAGAGAGAACUGCAAGAAAAAAUUUGAAAAGGAUGCACUAUUAAUUUUUAUGAGGGAACCCAGAAAUUACCAAAAAUUAUGAGAACUGCAUUAUUUCUCAUAUAUCGGCCAGCCUUCCUAUAAACCCUAUUUUUUCUAUUUAUUUUAUAGGAUCCUAUAAAACUCCUAUAACUGGACAAAAACUCCUAUAUUUCCUAUACUGUUUACAUUAUGAAUUUGAUUCAUUUUAAAAGAAAAGGAAAAGAUAAUAAACACCUCUCUAUGACAGUUCAGCAAUCCAAACUCCAGGAAAUCAUGAAUUAUGCCAAUUUGAAAGACUUGAAACUGUGACUCAGAAAUUUACGGGACACAUCCUGUACUUUUAUGUUGGACUUGAAGUUCACCAAAGAAGCGGAUUUUACAUGAUUGUAUGUAUUAAGGCUCCUUUUGCUUUUUAGAUACUCUUUACAUUGGGAACCCACAAUUUAUUAUUCAGUUAACAACUGUUGAAGCAGUCUUAAUGCUGUUGUUGUCCAAAACCUUGUUUGUGCUGGACAUUGAUGAGAAAAGUGGAUGCAUUAAGCUAGGGUUCAUAGAUGUAUUCAGGGGUUAAUGUUUCUCUUUCAAAAUAUGUCAGCUCUUGGAUAUGCAUCUUGUGAUGUUAAUUAACUUCUCGUAAGUGGUUUAGUGUUUUUGGAGGUUGUAAGAAGUGAUCCUGUGAUUGUUAACAACUGCUGUAAAUUGUCUUGAACACAUUUGCAAACAUGUGUCUUAGUUUUAAACAGAUGUAAAGACGGUCUCAGGAAUGAUGUGAGACUCAUGAAAUAAUUGUUUUUCAACUAACAUAUGUCAUCUGUGUAGAUCUGAAAUUUCUAAAAAAUUCCUAUAUUUUGUCCCAAAAUCCUAUAAAUCUCCUUAUAUUCAUGCUGCUUUCCUCGUAUUUUUCCUAUAAAUCAUUUUGGAAAAUGGCUGGGAUGUAUGCAUUACUGUCCCAAGGACUUUUUUCAAGGAUUGUCUGAAUUCUGGGUUUUUUGAAAGAUAUGUGUUUUCUCCAUUAUUAAUUUGUAAGCCUUUUAAGCUUUUUGGAGACAAGUAGCUAGGUGACCACAUGCAAUAAUAAUGACCUUAGAAACGAUUUUCUCAACAUGUUUAGCCAUGCAUGAACAGGGCAUAUCAUGAAACAACUGCUUUUUUCUCUCAUUUGUCACAGUUACAUUUGCUCCUAUUGCAUUUUAGUGUUGUAGUCAAAUCACAAGGACAGGCCAUUUAGAUCACUUUUUUUUUUCACGGCCAUUCCAUCUUUUGGAAAAUGUUCAUUGUUAGUUUGUCUACCAAGCCUAUUGAAUUUUUUUACAUAUGUGGUCAUAUUGAGUACUCGCGACUGUAAUGUUGACAUCGCUGAGCAAAAGUUUUACCCAUAAUUUAGAGGUCCUCGUGCUUUGCCAUAUAUCCACAACUUUUAAGCUCUUUGCCCUGCACACAAUAAUGUACAGUAAGUAAUUUGUUGCUUCCCUUGACCGUUUUCAAGCAUUAGUCUUGUUUAAAGUUAUGUUAUCCUUUUUGGAAUUAAGCAUUAUAUGUGCAAUGAGAUACAUGACAAUUUCUGGUGUAUAUUAUUUGUUGUGAGGAAAUCCUUGAAACACGUCCAGAAAACUGCAGAGAGCUGGGAAAAUGUUGGCUCUAUUCCAGUCUUUCAUCAGAAGCACAAAAAAACACUUUUACAUGCUUCAAAAUCAAUCAAAAUUUAUAUUUCUUUUUCCAGCUCUUUUUCAGACAAUCAUGGACAAAAUUCUUGGGACACUUUUGCAUUUCCAGGAUCGAGUUUUCUAAUUCACACUUGCCCAACCCCUCCCCUUACCCCACAAACAACAUUGGACAUGUGUUUCUCAAACUUAUUAAUAAUUCUUAAUUUUCAAUGAGUGUUUGGAAAUAAGGUGAAAAACUGCUCAUUUUUGCAUCCUUAAUUUCCCCUUCUAAAAUAUCAUUUUGUUUAAUGAGAAGUAAUAUCAAGCAUCCAACACAGUGUUUCAUGACCAGAAGAAACACCUCG